AUGGAUGAUUUACGGUAUGCUGCAAGCAUUAGCAAAGAAAGGCGAUAUCUACGCAAACAAAUAUUGAAAAAUAAGCGUAUGAGACCUCGAGUUGCUGUGGAAAAGAUUAGUAUUAGACGUGGACUGCAUCGUUCAAAGGCAGGAACAUCUUAUUUGAAAGGGAAAAAAUUGAACUUAACAGAAAAUCAAUCAUCAUCUUCUACUAUUGAUUUGUAUCAAAAGCUAUAUCAUGUUCAGUAUGAUGAGUCAAAUAGUAAACUUUUUCGAUCAAGUGAAUCGCAGGAUUACAUGGAUUUUGGUGACAUGGAUGUUUGCUGCGUUGAUUGUAAUGCUCUUAUUUGGUAUCAAGAAAGGGCUGAUAAAAAUAAAGGAAAAUCUCAUCUUAAAAUUUCAUUGUGUUGUAAAAAAGGGAACGUAACAUUACCUCCUAUGAUUGAACCUCCUUCUUUGUUACGAAAUCUUUUCAAUGGUCUUCAUCCAAAAAGUUCGAAUUUUUUAUUAAAUAUUAGAUCAUAUAAUAAUAUGUUUUCGUUCACAUCAAUUGGUGGAAAAAUUGAAUCUGAUAAUAGUCCUGGACCUCCGCAUUUUGUUAUUUCUGGCCAAAAUUAUCAUCAAAUUGGAUCUUUAGUUCCAUUGCCUGGUCAACGUCCAAAAUUUGCUCAAUUAUAUAUAUAUGAUACUGAGAAUGAAGUUUCCAAUCGCUUAUCACAUUUCAGAUCAUAUGAAUUAGAGAAUCCUAUUGAUCCUAUUUUGGUUCAAGAUUUAUUGCAAGUUAUGGAUGGGAAUAAUUUGUUGGUUGAAGGUUUUAGGAUGGUUCGAGAUUUUCUGCAAGUUGAUCAGGCUAUUCCUGUUUCUUUGCGUUUGUUUCGUGGUAGACAAUAUGAUCCUCGGAUAUAUAAUGUUCCUCAUCUUGAUGAAGUUGCUGCCUUGAUUGUUGGAGAUAUUGGUGAUGAAGAAGAUGGUAGGGAUAUAAUUGUACCUAAGUGUGGUGGCUUCUUACAAAGGAUUCAUGAGACACAUCCAAAGUAUUUACCAUUACAAUAUCCAUUAUUAUUUCCCUUUGGUGAAGAUCAAUAUCAAGAAAAUAUACCUUUGAAUUUAUUAACUACAAGCUGUUCAGAAAAAAAAUUGGUUCGCGUGUCUUUACGGGCAUUCAUUGCGUAUCGAUUAAUGGAAAGAAAUUUAGAGGAUACUGUUAUUCUUAAAAGUAGGAGGUUAUUUCAGCAAUUUGUUGUUGAUUUGUAUUCAAUGAUUGAAUCCCAGAGAUUAUCGUAUAUUAGACAAAAUCAGCCCAAGAUUCGAUCUGAUUUUUUGUCUGGAAUUGAGGAGGCGGUAAAUCGUGGUGAUGUAGUUGCAUCUUCCAUUGGUUCUCGAAUUGUUUUGCCUUCAUCUUUUACUGGAGGAAGGCGUUAUAUGUUCAAUAAUUGUCAGGAUGCGAUGGCUAUAUGCAAAAAAAUUGGUUAUCCGGAUUUGUUUUUGACUUUUACAUGCAAUCCUAAAUGGCCCGAAAUUCAGCGUCAUAUGGAUAAAUGUCGCAAUUAUGCUGUGUAUAGACCUGACAUCAGUUGUCGAGUAUUUCAAAUAAAAUUGAAUGAGAUGAUGAUUGAUUUUCGGAAGGGUAAUUUUUUUGGUAGAGUUAUUGCAAGCAUGUAUACUAUUGAAUUUCAAAAAAGGGGUCUACCGCAUGCUCAUAUUCUUUUAUGGUUGGAUUCUCGAGAUAAGCUUCAUUCGGCUGAGUCUAUUGAUUCUGUUAUUUGUGCUGAGUUGCCAGAUAAGAAUUUGUUUCCGAAGCUUUAUUCAACCGUUUGUAAUUUUAUGGUUCAUGGACCAUGCGGUAGUUCAUUUGAAGCUUCUCCUUGCAUGAAAGAUAAGCAUUGUUCGAAAUUUUAUCCCAAAAAGUUUGUACCUCAAACAACUUUCGAUGCCAAUGGAUAUCCUGUUUAUAGAAGAAGGGAUUUCGGUCAAAUUGUGAUAAAAAAAGAAAUAGUGUUGGAUAAUCGAAGUGUUGUUCCUUAUAAUCCAAAGCUUUUGAUGAAGUAUCAAGCUCAUGUGAAUAUUGAAUAUUGUAAUAAAUCGAAUUGCAUCAAAUAUUUGUUCAAAUAUAUACAUAAAGGUGUUGAUCGGGUUACUGCUAAACUGAAUUUGCGUGAUGAUGAGUGUGUUGAUGAGAUACAACAAUAUUAUGACUGUCGAUUCCUUAGUCCAUCUGAAUCUAUCUGGAGGAUUUUUCGUUAUAGUAUUCAUAAUAGAUAUCCUUCUGUUAUGAGAUUAACUUUUCAUGAGGAAAGAAAGCAGUCGGUUGUAUUUAAUGAUUCAUCGGAUUUGACAUCUGUUUUGAGCAAUAAUAGAAAUAAACCUACUAUGUUUUUGGCUUGGAUGGAAGCUAAUAAGAGAUAUCCUCAUGGUCGGCAUUUGACUUAUGGUCAGUAUCCAUCUAUGUUUACUUAUGACUCCGAUGGUCGAUUUUGGAAACCUCGAAAAAAGGGUUGUUCUAUUGGUCGUUUGACAUUUAUACCUCAUAGUAAUCGAGAUUUGUUUUAUUUGAGAUUGCUAUUGAAUGUUAAAGUUGGUUGUACAAGUUAUGAGGAUUUAAGAACUGUUAAUGGUCAUGUUUAUGAUUCAUUUAGAGAAGCUUGUGGUGCAUUGCAUUUGUUAGAUGAUGAUCUUGAAUUCAUACAUGCAAUUAAUGAGGUUGCCUUGCUUGGUUCGGGGUAUUCUAUUCGUCAGAUGUUUGCAGAGUUACUAAUGUCUAAUACUAUGAGUGAUCCUUUUAAUGUAUGGUCUCAGCUAAAGGAUGUUCUGGUCGAUGGUAUUUUAUUUGAAAAACGCAAAUUGUUGAAUGAUCCUGAUCUUGUGAUAUCCUCGGAAGAAUUGGAACAGAUUUGUCUUCUUGAUAUUGAUAAUUUCCUUCGAGAUAAUGGAAAAUGUCUUAAUGAUUAUGAUUGCAUGCCUAAGCUCCAUUCAUCAAAUAAUGGACGUUUUAACAAUAUUUUGAUUGAAAAUGAGUUUAAAUAUGACUAUAAUGAAAUGAAGUUGUUAUUUCAAGAGCACAUUUCUAAUUUGAAUACUCAACAAAUGGCUGCAUAUCACGAAAUUAUUAGCAUGGUUGAUAGUGGAGUUGGUGCAAUGUUUUUUGUUGAUGGUUAUGGUGGAACUGGUAAAACAUAUUUGUGGAAAACAAUUUCAUAUAAACUUCGAUCUGAGGGUAAAAUUGUAUUGAAUGUUGCUUCCAGCGGUAUCGCGUCUAUUCUUCUUCCAGGUGGUAGAACUGCCCAUUCUCUAUUUGCUUUACCGCUAGCUUUAUCGAAAGAAUCCUGUUGUAAAAUUGUAAAGAAUAGCGAUAAAGCUCAGUUAUUAAUUAUGGCGAGUUUGAUUAUAUGGGACGAAGCUCCAAUGAUAAAUAAACUUGCUUUCGAGGCUUUUGAUAGAACUCUUAAGGACCUGAUGAGUGAUAUUGAUAUGAAGAAUGCUAAUUUAUUAUUCGGUGGAAAAACUGUUGUUUUGGGUGGAGAUUUUCGUCAAAUAUUACCAGUUGUUCCUAAGGGUAAUCGUGCUGAUAUUGUUCAUGCUACCAUUAAUUCUUCUUAUCUAUGGCGUAGUUGUCGGGUAUUAAGGCUUCUCAUUAACAUGCGACUUCAGUAUUCAUCUAUUCAGGUUGAAAAUGAAAGUGUUAUUAAUUUUGCUAAAUGGAUUCUUGAUAUUGGUGAUGGGAAAAUUGGUGAUAUUAUGGAUGGUGAAUCAAUUGUAGAAAUUCCUCAUGAUAUAUUGGUUCAUAAUAUCACUAAUCCAAUUGGGGACAUUGUUGAUGCGAUUUAUCCUGAUUUUCUUAAGAAUAUGUUUGUCUCAAAUUUUUUUGAGAAUCGAGCUAUUCUUUGUCCCACUCUGGAAGUUGUUGAACAAGUAAAUAAUUAUGUCUUAUCUUUAAUUCCUGGUGAGGAUAGGGAGUAUUUAAGUUGUGAUUCUGUGUCAAGAUGUGACAAUGAUUCGAUUAUUGAUCAUCGUUGGAUUACAACUGAGUUCUUGAAUGAAAUUAAGUGUUCUGGUUUACCUAACCAUAGUCUUAUUUUGAAGAUUGGUGUACCUGUUAUGUUGUUAAGGAAUGUUGAUGUUUCGGCUGGCCUUUGUAAUGGUACCCGUCUCACGGUGACAUAUCUUGGAGAAAGUGUUAUUGGAGCUCGAAUUGUUACUGGAAAGUAUGUUGGUAAUGUUGUUUAUCUUGCUCGAAUGAGAUUAUUUCCAUCAGAUGCUAAUGUUUCUAUUAGUUUUCAACGACGUCAGUUCCCACUGUGUGUUUGUUUUGCUAUGAGUAUUAAUAAAAGUCAAGGACAAACAUUGUCUCAUGUUGGUUUGUAUCUCCCUAGACCUGUUUUUACACAUGGUCAGUUAUAUGUAGCUAUAUCAAGAGUGAAGAGUCGGUCUGGUUUGAAGAUACUUAUAGUUGAUGAUAAUGGUAAGCCAAAAACAUCAACCAUAAAUGUUGUGUAUCCUGAAGUAUUUCAAAAAAUUUAG